UGGCCGGAAUUUGAGAGAGAGAGGAGUUUUCCGGUGGAGAGAGAGAGGUGGCCUGGUGGAGAGGAGGCUGAGCGCCGGUGGAGCUAAGGCUGAGCACCGGAGGAGCUGGCCGUAAAGGGGAACGCCGGCGGAGAGAGCUUUCUCAGGUGGAGAGCACAAUCGUGCUGAUAACGUGUUAGAAAUAUGAGAGAAGUAUUGCUUUGAAAGUUGUGUAUUUCUCAUUAGCUCUCACUAUCAAUAUAUAGUGGAGGUUCAUAAGGGUUUACAACAAGGAGAGUAUCUACACAUUUAUUACAUAUUGACCACAAAGAUAUAGUCUUGGUCAAAGCUCAUAAAUGCUCCAGUUGAAUGAGUCUUCAUCUUGACUAGUCUCGGGCGGAUGUAGACGGACCGGAGACGGGUGUAGACGGACCGGAUAGUCUGGUCGGAUGUAAACCUCCCUGAUGGUUAAUGGCAAUCCACAUAUCCGAUUUAUAACAAAUAAGUUUUUUUGUUCUUUAUUAACAAAUUUCCCUUUAUUUAUUUGGAAAAACGAUAACCAUGUUGAAGUUGAAAUGUUGACCCAAUGACUCGAGAUGUAUAUAUGAUUAGUAACGUUGUUUACCUGUUGAAUUUAUGAUGCACAUUGCACCAUAUAGCCCCAUAUCAAUCAAAUUAUAUAUAAGUAAUCUAUAUAUGUAUGUCUAUGUAGAAAAAAAAGUUUUAAAUGGUAACGGCUUCUACAAAGUGUCCCGAACGGCUAAGUAGUAAUAAAUCACUCGAUCAAAUCAAUCAUCGAAAUUCACAUUCAUACCUUGUACGUAUUAUAUACGUUACAGAUUAUUAUUAAGACUCAACAUUGCGAACGAACAUAUGGUCUGCAUUAACAGCUAAGCAAGUUUGAAUCCACAGACAAGAGUUUCUGAUGAUUAUUAUUCUAUUAUCCAGAAACAACCUCGCGUUUUUAAGGCUCCCAAACGAGUUGACUUCGCAUUCAGUAUUCAGUAUUAAAUUGAUACAAACUAAGAACAAUAACAAAAUUUUAUUGUAAUGUUAAUAAUGGACCUACCUCAUCCUUAUUCAUCAUCAACACUGUCUAUAUAAACCGCUAAAUCUAAUGUUUUAUUCACAUUUAACAAACACCAAAAAGUUCCCAGUAACAAUGAAAUCUCCAUUCAUCUUUCUCAUUACACUAUCAUUCUUUCUUCAAUCACUCCUUGUUGCUUCUCACAACCUAGCAAACUCUUCAACAAUCUGCAAAACGACUCCGGAUCCAAAAUACUGCAGAUCUGUUUUCCCACACAGCCAAGGCAAUGUUCAACAAUACGGCCGUUUCUCAAUCCGCAAAUCGCUAUCGCAGUCGCGAAAGUUCAUUCGUACGGUUGAUAAAUAUUUAAAACGCAACGCUCAUUUAUCUCAACCCGCCGUUAUCAGAGCUCUCCAAGACUGCCGUUUCCUCGCCGGUCUAACCAUGGAUUACCUCUUAACGUCGUUUCAAACAGUUAACGUCACGUCAGCGAAAUCAUCCUCCUCCAAAACGUUAUCGUUUCCAAAGGCUGAAGAUAUCCAAACGCUUCUUUCCGCAGCGUUAACGAACGAGCAGACGUGUCUGGAGGGACUCACAACCGCCGCUUCAUCUUCCGCCACGUGGACGGUAAGAAACGGCGUUGCAUUGCCUCUAGUCAACGACACGAAGCUCUUUAGUGUCUCACUCGCUCUCUUCACCAAAGGAUGGGUCCCAAAGAAGAAGAAACGAGCCGGGUUUGCUUGGGCUCACCCGAGAUCCGGAUCAUCCACCCACACUAAACCAUUCCGUCUGUUCCGUAACGGAGCUCUGCCGUUGAAAAUGACGGAACGAACGAAAGCCGUAUACGAAUCUCCAAGCAGGCGAAAACUCUCCGACGGCGAUGGAGACGACGGAAGCAUGGUGUUGAUAAGCGAUAUCGUCACCGUGAGUCAAGACGGAACCGGAAACUUUACCAAUAUCACGGCGGCGGUCGCGGCGGCUCCGAAUAACACCGACGGAAGCGGCGGGUUCUUCUUGAUUUACGUGACAGCGGGGAUCUACGAAGAAUACGUUUCAAUAGCAAAGAACAAAAAGUACAUGAUGAUGAUCGGCGACGGAAUUAAUCAGACGGUGGUCACAGGGAAUAGAAGCGUCGUCGACGGUUGGACAACUUUUAAUUCCGCCACCUUUGCUGUGACAGCACCAAACUUCGUUGCGGUUAACAUAACUUUCCGGAACACGGCCGGACCGGAGAAGCACCAGGCGGUUGCGUUACGGAGCGGUGCAGAUUUCUCAAUCUUCUAUAGUUGUAGUUUCGAGGCUUAUCAAGAUACGCUCUACGCACAUUCUCUAAGACAGUUUUAUAGAGAAUGCGAUGUCUACGGAACGGUAGAUUUUAUAUUCGGAAACGCGGCUGUAGUGUUUCAGAAUUGCAAUUUAUAUCCGAGAAAACCGAUGCCGAACCAGUUCAACGCAAUCACGGCACAAGGCCGGUCUGAUCCGAACCAAAACACCGGUACGUCGAUCCAUAACUGUACGAUUAAACCCGCGAAUGAUCUUGUUUCUAGUAACUACACCGUUAGAACGUAUUUGGGUCGACCGUGGAAGGAGUAUUCACGGACGGUUAUCAUGCAAUCGUACAUUGAUGGUUUUGUUGAACCGGUUGGUUGGAGAGAAUGGAACGGCGAUUUUGCAUUGAGUACGUUAUACUACGCGGAGUAUAACAAUACCGGACCUGGUUCAAACACUACAACUCGUGUUACAUGGCCCGGUUAUCACGUGGCUAAUUCUACUGAUGCAGCUAAUUUCACAGUCACUGGUUUGUUUCUUGAAGAUGAUUGGAUUUGGAAGACGGGAGUGCCUUACACCAGCGGUUUGAUUUCAUAAUAAUUUUUUUGUUGUUACUCUUGAUUAUUUCUUUUUAUUAAUUUAAUUUGAAGAAAGUGUAUUCUUUUUGCAUUGAGUACGUUAUACUACGCGGAGUAUAACAAACCGAAAACCAAGC